ACACGCGUAGGCUUGUCGCACAGAGCGCUGGACAAAGCUAGAUUAGGAUCCUUUAACAUUUCUGCUGGAGAAUGCUCGUGUAGCCUACCGUAAGCAGUGGCGGUUCAGAAGAUGAAGUGAUUUUGUGUACAAUCAAAAAGGCCACUUCUGUUAGCUGUGUAAGGCGGUCAGUCAGUCAGGGCUGUCAAAAUAUGAGGGGGCGAGACCUGCCAAGCCCUUUAACUGACGCCUUCUGAUGGUUGUUCAGGAAAGCAACAUUUUUUACAUUUCCCCCCCUCUAACAGUGACGUGUUUAUUUUGGCAGAUGCACAUUCAAGGCAAGGCCUGCGAACAUCCAGGGGAUUUCCUUCUUUGAUUACCCGGCGUGGUGGAUGUCAUCAGAGGGUGCUUCCCCUCCUAACGCACCACUCUACAGGAGAAAGCUUUACCGCGACGCCUGGUGGUCACCGUGAUCAUGACAGGUGUGUGUGGCUGUUGCGGGGCCCUGAGGCCGCGCUAUAAGAGGCUGGUGGAUAACAUCUUCCCCGAGGACCCUGAGGAUGGCCUAGUGAAGGCCAACAUGGAAAAGCUGACAUUCUACGCCCUGUCUGCGCCGGAGAAGCUGGACCGGAUCGGAGCCUACCUGUCGGAACGUCUGUCCCGUGAUGUGGCCCGACACCGAUACGGGUAUGUGUGUAUCGCUAUGGAAGCUCUGGAUCAGCUCCUGAUGGCGUGCCACUGCCAGAGCAUCAACCUGUUUGUGGAGAGCUUCCUCAAAAUGGUGCGCAAGCUCCUGGAGUCAGACAAGCCCAACCUGCAGAUCCUCGGCACCAACUCUUUUGUGAAGUUUGCCAACAUCGAGGAGGACACGCCGUCGUACCAUCGCAGUUACGACUUCUUCGUGUCGCGCUUCAGUGAGAUGUGCCACUCCGGCUAUGAGGACCCCGACAUCCGCACCAAGAUCCGCAUGGCGGGCAUUAAGGGACUUCAGGGUGUGGUGAGGAAAACGGUGAAUGACGAGCUGCAGGCCAACAUCUGGGAACCCCAACACAUGGACAAGAUCGUCCCCUCACUGCUGUUCAACCUGCAGUCUGGAGAAGGCACCGAGAGUCGCUCCCCUUCCCCUCUGCAGGCUGAGAAGGAGAGGGAGAGUCCAGUGGAGUUGACCGAGCGCUGCUUCAGAGAGCUGCUUGGACGCGCCGCUUAUGGCAACAUCAAGAACGCCGUCACCCCCGUACUCAUGCAUCUGGAUAACCACUCUCUGUGGGAGGGGAAGACUUUUGCAGUACGCUGCUUCAAGAUCAUCAUGUACUCCAUCCAGUCGCAGCACUCCCACCUGGUGAUCCAGCAGCUGCUGGGACACCUGGAUGCCAACAGCAAGAGCUCUGCCCCAGUGCGUGCUGGGAUAGUGGAGGUCCUGCUGGAGGCGGCCGCCAUCGCAGCCAGCGGCUCCGUGGGUCCGACGGUGCUGGAGGUGUUUAAUACGUUGCUCAGGCACCUGAGGCUGAGUGUGGACUAUGAGCUGACGGGCACUUACGACGGCACCAACCUCGGCACCAAGGUCAUCAAGGAGCACGAGGAGAGGCAGCUGCAGGAGGCCGUCAUCUGCACCAUCGGCUCCUUUGCCAACACGCUUCCCAACUACCAGAGGUCAGAGGUCAUGCUCUUCAUCAUGGGCAAGAUCCCCAUCCCUGGCAUGCACCCCGCACUGGCCUCCGCAGGCUCCGGGCCUGAGGGGAACAGGAUGAUCCAAGUGAUGCUGCUCAAGUCUCUAAGACAGGUGACGGAGGGCUUUGUGAGCACCAACAUGCUGACGGCGCUGCCCAGCUCGUUCCUGGACCCGCUGCUGUGCCUCUCCCUGCUGGAGGACCCGGAGGUGCGCCUGCUCGUGCUCCAGAUCCUCGUCAGCCUCAUUGAUCGCCAUGACAACAAGCCUAAGUUCUCCUCCAUCAGCAUCAUCUCUGACAUCUCGGUGCUCAAGCUGAAGGUGGAUAAGUGCUCCCGGCAGGACAACCUCUUCAUGAAGAAGCAUUCUCAGCACCUGUACCGCCACAUCUACCUGUGCUGUAAGGAGGAGUGGAGCGAGCAGCCGCACUUUGAGAUGCUCUACGCCCUGCUGGCCCUCAUCUCCAUGGAGCUGGCCAACGAGGAGGUGGUGGUGGACCUCAUACGGCUAGCCCUGGCCCUGCAGGACCUGGCGUUGAGCAGUGAUGAGUCUCUGCCGGUGUAUAACCGCUGUGCUGUGCACGCCCUCUCCGCUGCUUACCUCAACCUCAUCUGCCAACUCACCACUGUGCCCUCUUUCUGCCAGCACGUCCACGAGGUAAUAGAGGUGAGACAGAAGGAGGCGGCCCAUCUGCUUCCUGAGGACGUGUUCAUCGAGAGUCCUCGGAUCCCAGCAUCUCUGGAGAAGGUGGAGGGGGAGGUGCUGUUUCUGCAGAGUAAGAUUGCUGAGGUCCUGGGCGGCAGCGGCUACAACAAUGAGAAACUGGCCACGCCCUUCAUACCCCAGUUUACAGAUGAGGACCGGCUGUCUAAGCGGAAGAGCAUUGGGGAGACCAUCUCACUGCAGGUGGAGGUGGACUCAAGAAACAGCCCAGAGAAAGAGGAGAGAACCCCUGCUGAGGAGAUCACCUUCCAGACCCUGAAGAACGCCAUCGUUGAUAGUGUGGGGAUGGAGGAACAGGAGAGGGAGCGCAGGAGGCAGGUGGUGGAGAAGUUCCAGAAGGCCCCCUUUGAGGAGAUAGCUGCCCACUGCGGUGCCCGAGCUACCAUGCUGCAGAGUAAACUGAACCAGAUCUUUGAGAUCACCAUCAGGCCUCCCCCGAGUCCGUCUGGCACGAUCACGGCAGCGUACGGUCAGACCCAGACUCGCUCGGUGCCCGUCUACGAGAUGAAGUUUCCUGACUUGUGUGUGUAUUAGGCCACAGGGGGGCACCACAGCUGCCAAACCACCCCCUUAAACCCCGCCUCCUCUCCUCAACGGCCUGCUCUGAUUGGAUGCAGCUCGGCCAAUGGGGAUUGGUGCUAUGACUGACUGCAGGCUGGGAACUGCUUUGCAUGGGACAAGCUGAACAACAACAGAAGAAAAAACAAACAACAACAACACACAUCAAACAAACAUCAACAACACACACACACACACACACACCAAACAAACAAACAUCAACAACACACAAACCCAAAACACUGUCCACUGCUUCAUCAGACAUUUUUACCUGCACACACACACACACACACACACACACACACACAUCAAACAAACAUCAACACACCCAUCCAACAAACAUCAACAACACACACAUCCAACAAACAUCAACAACACACACACACACACCAAACAAACAAACUUCAACAACACACAAACCCAAAACACUGUCUACUGCUUCAUCAGAUAUUUUUACCUGCACACACACACACACACACACACACACACACACACACACACACUACACUGGCUGAUGUGUUCAAACUAUGUGAUGGAUGAGAAGAAGUGAAGUAUUUUUCUAGAAGUCUUGGAGAUGGAUUAUCUGUCCUCGUGUUCUCCCAGACGCCAGCCUGUGUUCUGGGGAACCCUGUUCUGUCCUGUGUUGGUCUAGAACCCUGUUCUGUCCCGCAUUGCUCUAGAACCCUGUUCUGUCCUGCGUUGCUCUAGAACCCGGUUCUGUCCCGCGUUGCUCUAGAACCCUGUUCUGUCCCGCGUUGGUCUAGAACCCUGUUCUGUCCUGUGUUGCUCUAGAACCCUGUUCUGUCCUGCGUUGGUCUAGAACAUUCUCACAGGUUCACACAGGUUCUCCAUCUGACAUGACAUGACCUGUCUCCAUGACAACAUUGCCCUCUCCUGGUCUUCCUCUCUCUCUCUCUCUCUCUCUCUAUUUCUCUUUGUCUGUGUGUGUGUGUGUUUUUGUUUCUCUCAAACACACGUUACACACACUAAGGUCAAAUGCCUGAUGAGGUAUUUCUAUGUAGUUUCCUGUGUGGUCAUUUUAAUUUGAUUAACGUUACUGAUGUUUUAUUAUAGUGUGUAUUUUUAACAUUUCUCUUGGGUUCUAAGCCAUUAACUUUAUUGUGCUGCACCUAUUUAUGCUCUUUUGUUUUUGUUUUUUAUUAUUAUUAUUAUUAUUAUUUUAUUUUUGUUUAUAUUAACGUUUGCUUACUAAUGUUUUGUUUUAUAUUAAUGUUUGCUUAAUAAUGUUUUGUUUUAUAUUAGCGUUUGCUUCCUAAUGUUUUUCUAAGGCUGUCCUGUCUCUGUCUUUCAUUUGCUGGCAUUUGCAUGCAUGUUGUUUUCAUGUCCAGAGAUGAACAAGCCCUGAGUGUUACAGCA